AUCCACGCUCGGAAUUACACUCUAUCCAGCAUGGUGGCCAUACGAUCUUAAUCUGCCAAGAAAAUCUUUGUCUAGCCAUGUUGAAAGAUGCAAGCCCUCUGGUGUUGAGCUGAAGUGACCUUUAACCUGCAACUUUUACGGCCAAGCGCGCAGUUGCAGAGCCGAAUUGACGACGUCCAUCCCGCGGCGCCAUAGAAGAAUUGCAGGGCUCCAAGGUUGAAACAAGAAUCUUGAUCCUUGAUCCGGCAGCAGCGAAGAAGAACUGCUGCCGCAGGGCACCAAGGUCGAGCCUUGAUCCCGCAAUAGCAAAGAAGAACCGCGUGGCUUUACUUUGAAACCGCCGACCUUGAUAGUCGACCCGGCAGCGGCGAGGAUUCUGCGACGCAAUGCUGAAGCACGUGAGCCCGCUGCUGCAGACGCUGCUCGGCACGCUGCUGACGUGGGGCGUGACGGCGGCCGGCGCCGCGCUCGUCUUCGGCGUGCACGCGCGCAGCCGCCGCCUCCUCGACGCCAGCCUCGGCUUCGCCGCCGGCGUUAUGCUCGCCGCCAGCUACUGGUCGCUGCUCGAGCCUGCGAUCGAGCUGGCGCGCAACUCGCAUGCGUACGGCGAGUGGGCGUUCGCGCCCGUCGCCGUCGGUUUUGCACUCGGCGCCGCGUUCGUCUGCUACGCCGACGCGCUGCUGCCGCACCUCGGCACGUUCGAGGACGCACUCGGACGCGACGCGGCGACUGCCGCGGCGACGGACGGCCCCAUCGGCGGCGAGUCGGCGGCACGUCGGCGACGGAGACCCGCGGAAGACAACGAUGAUGGCGGCAACGGAGGGGGAGUCGCGGACGAGGGUCGCAGCGGCGACAGCGGCGACGGCGGCGCCAGCUGGCGGCGCAUCCUGCUGCUCAUCAUCGCCAUCACAGUGCACAACAUCCCCGAGGGCCUCGCGGUCGGCGUCGCCUUCGCCGCCGUCGGCUCGACCCCGGCGGCAACCUUCGAGAGCGCGCGCAAUCUCGCCAUCGGCGUCGCGCUGCAGAACUUCCCCGAGGGGCUCGCCGUCAGCCUGCCACUGCGGGGCGCCGGCGUUUCGGCCGCGCGAAGCUUCUGGUAUGGCCAGCUGUCGGGCAUGGUGGAGCCGGCGGCGGGCCUGCUGGGGGCCCUGGCGGUGACGGUGGCGCGGCCCGCGCUGCCGUACGCGCUCGCGUUUGCUGCCGGAGCGAUGGUGUUUGUCGUCAUCGACGACAUCGUCCCCGAAGCGCAGACUCAUGGCAACGGCCGGCUCGCGUCGGUCGCCGCGGCCGUCGGCUUCAUCAUCAUGAUGGCGAUGGACGUCGGUCUCGGGUAACGAGCGAUGACCGCUGGUCUCCUUCCGCUUACAAGUCACUGCUGGUAUCUGUUAGCAAUGUGACCACUGGUCUGUGUUAAUAAAUGACCACUGGUUUCUGUUAACAAGUGACCACUGGUCUUUGUUAACAAGUGACCACUGGUCUAUGUUAACAAGUGACCACUGUGCUAUGUUAACAAGUGACCACUGGGCUAUGUUAUCAAGUGACCACUGGGCUAUGUUAACAAUGUGAUCUAUGUGAUUUAUCGAUGUGUCUAUGUGACUGUCUGGGGAAAGUUUUUUUUAGGUGUGGAGACUCUUUGGCGGGCUUCUCCAGGGAAUCUUUAAUAGUGCAUUCAAUUUGCUUCCCCAAGUUAACCUGGGUCUACUCGGGCCAGCCCCAAAUACGUUC